AGGGCACGCGUAUCGGAAAAUUUGCAGAAAAGGACUCCAUAAAAAGCCCGAAAUGCGACCAGCAGCAGCCGCUCUUCGGGCCGCCAUUAUUCCCGCUCUCUUCUCCUGUUCUUGCCCUAAAAAUCUCCGCUUCCUCCAAAUCCCUUCCCUCAUUCUCUCUCCUCGCUCAUCGAAGAACCCUAGCUCCAGAUUCUCCUCCUUCUUCUCUUCUUCAGCUCUCGACUCCUCUCCGUCCCCUUUCAUGGAGAAGCAGUUCGAGGAUUUUCGGGUCCAGCUGGAAGAAUCCGGAUCCGUUAGGGAUCGGAUUCGGGCGGUGGCCAGCGAGAUGGAGUCCGCGACUCGGCUGAUUCAUGCUAGCUUGCUUCUCGUUCAUCAGUCACUCCCAGUUCCAGAGGUGGUGGAGAAAGCUAAGGUUCAGAUUGAAGUGCUGAAGGGGCUUUUCGGGCGGCUUGCUGAGAUUCUCAAGGAAUGCCCUGGGCAAUAUUACAGGUAUCAUGGGGAUUGGAGGAAUGAGACCCAGACGGCCGUUUCUUUGAUUGGGUUUCUGCAUUGGUUGGAGACGGGAGAGUUGCUGGUGCAUUCGGAGGCUGAGGAGAAGCUUGGAUUGAAUGCUUCAGAGUUUGGUCUGGACGUGGAAGAUUAUCUUACUGGGUUAUGUUUCAUGUCAAAUGAACUGCCUAGAUAUGUAGUAAAUCAAGUGACAGCAGGCGAUUAUGACUGUCCAAGAAAGGUGCUGAAGUUCUUAACUGAUCUCCAUGCUUCAUUUAGGAUGCUCAACCUUCGAAAUGAUUUUCUGCGCAAGAAGUUUGAUGGCAUGAAGUAUGACUUGCGAAGAGUUGAAGAAGUCUAUUAUGAUGUUAAGAUCCGAGGCCUGACAGCUAAGGGCUCAGCAGAGGAGAGUGCCCCGUCUUAGUGCACUGCUCUUUACAGGACUGAAGUGGUUGAGAGUUUUGAUUGGGAAUAGUCUGCUAUAAUGGGGUUAGAAACAAAUCAUCCUGGAGUUUUACAUCUUUGAAGAAUCCAGUAACAGUAUCUAUGUUCCGGGGAGUGAUGUGUAAUGUUUAAACUGUGCGGGAAUUUUUAGUUCACUUGCUUUUCUCUGCGGUAUCAUGAGCAUGUCCAGCGGAAUAUGAGUUCAGUAACAUUGACGACGUUGUUUCCAGUGAAAUAUACAUUCCUAUAAUGGUAAAGUAGUGCAUGAGUUUUUGUUGUAACAA